GAAGAAGUUAGCAAAACAAUAGCUCUGUAAAGGACUUAGCUUUCAUGGACAAAUAGAGGAAAGAGGAAGAAUAGAAAAACGUCGAGAUAAAGGAUUGAACAGUGGUGGAGAGUGGACGGCAGGUGAACCACGACGGAGGAACAGAGGAACAAGACCAGUGUGGACAUGCAGUGGACAGAGAAGGUUGCCAUGGAAACAAGUGGAAGAACUGUCAGACUGUUGACAAAUACUAACCAAGAAGCCUUUCAGUCGAGCUGUGCAGCCGUUCUGGAUGCCAGGAUGAAACCCGCUCCGCUCUGCAUGCUGAGCUUUUUCUUGCUCAGUCCUCUGCUUCAUGGACGUGCUGAUGCUGAUGAACCCAGAGCCACCCUGACAGCAGAGAACAGCAUCAUACCAGCAGGGGGCAGUGUUACACUGAGCUGCUCUGUGGACGGAUCCACUGACUGGGAGUUUGAAUGGUUCAGAAAUAGACAACAUUAUCCUGAAUCCUCUGGAAACACAGAACCAGGUGGAACCAUCAGAGUCUCAGAGGGAGGGAAGUACAGAUGCAGAGGAAGAAGAAGAGACUCAUCUUUUUACUCAGACAGUGAAGCGGUCACCAUUCAGAAAGCUGAAAUAAAGGCAACUUUGAAAGCAGACAAAACUACCAUACCACCAGGGGGCAGUGUGACAUUAACCUGUUCUGUGGACAAACCUGCUGAUUUAACAUUUGAGCUCUUAAGAGAACCUUCAUUCACCGAUCAGACCAGAGUUUCUCCUACAUCAGAUGGAGUUUUCAGAAUCACAGAAGGAGGAAUUUACACCUGCAGAGGAGAAAUGACAAACUUUGUGACAUCUAUAAGUAAUGAAGUCACCAUUAAUAAAACAGUUUCCAACAGAGUUUCAGUCACUUCACAACCAAACUGGUCUCAGAUCUACAGAGAUGAGAGAAUCACUCUGAGAUGUGAGAUCCAGGGAGGAACUGAUUGGACGUAUGAAUGGAGACCAACCAAUGGAAACUCUCCAUCAUCCAGUGAAUAUAUGAGCAUCACAGCUACUGAGUCUGACAGUGGAGAUUACAGCUGUAUGGGUAGAAGAGGCUACGAGUUCACAGGAUGGAGUGAAGCCUUCAGACUGACAGUGUCAUCUCAUGAACCCAGAGCCACCCUGACAGCAGAGAACAGCAUCAUACCAGCAGGGGGCAGUGUUACACUGAGCUGCUCUGUGGACGGAUCCACUGACUGGGAGUUUGACUGGUUCAGAAAUGGACGACAUUAUCCUGAAUCCUCUGGAAACACAAAACCAGGUGGAACCAUCAGAGUCUCAGAGGGAGGGAAGUACAGCUGCAGAGGAAGAAGAAGAGACUCAUCUUUUUACUCAGACAGUGAAGAGGUCACCAUUCAGAAAGCUGAUAUAAAGGCAACUUUGAAAGCAGACAAAACUACCAUACCACCAGGGGGCAGUGUGACAUUAACCUGUUCUGUGGACAAACCUGCUGGUUUAACAUUUGAGCUCUUAAGAGGAUCUUCAUUCACCGAUCAGACCAGAGUUUCUUCUACAUCUGAUGGAGUUUUCAGAAUCACAGAAGGAGGAAUUUACACCUGCAGAGGAUAUAAACCUGGGACAAACUUUAUGACAUCUAUAAGUAAUGAAACCACCAUUAAUAAAACAGUUUCCAACAGAGUUUCAGUCACUUCACAACCAAACUGGUCUCAGAUCUACAGAGAUGAGAGAAUCACUCUGAGAUGUGAGAUCCAGGGAGGAACUGAUUGGACGUAUGAAUGGAGAUCAACCAAUGGAAACUCUCCAUCAUCCAGUGAAUAUAUGAGCAUCACAGCUACUGAGUCUGACAGUGGAGAUUACAGGUGUAUGGGUAGAAGAGGCUACGAGUUCACAGGAUGGAGUGAAGCCUUCAGACUGACAGUGUCAUCUCAUGAACCCAGAGCCACCCUGACAGCAGAGAACAGCAUCAUACCAGCAGGGGGCAGUGUUACACUGAGCUGCUCUGUGGACGGAUCCACUGACUGGGAGUUUGACUGGCUCAGAAAUAGACGACAUUAUCCUGCAUCCUCUGGAAACACAGAACCAGGUGGAACCAUCAGAGUCUCAGAGGGAGGGAAGUACGUCUGCAGAGGAAGAAGAAGAGACUCAUCUUUUCACUCAAAAACCAGUGAAGAGGUCACCAUUCAGAAAACUGGUGAGUUUAGUUAUCAGCCGACUGUGAUCCUGAAUCCCAGCUCGUCUCUGACAGAAGAUAAAAUCCAUCUGGAGUUUAUGCAGAAAGGACCUGAGUGGACGUAUGAAUGGAGAAAAAACAACUUGGAUUAUAAUCCAACAUCCAGGAUCAUCACAGCUGAGAGUGGAGAUUACAGCUGCAGAGGAAAAAGUGACAAUCUCUUAACACAGUGGAGUGAUGUCAUCACAUUAACUAUCUCUCCCAAUAAACCCAGUUUGAUUCUGCAACCCAACUGGUCUCAGAUCUACAGAGGAGAGGAAAUCACUGUGAGAUGUGAGAUCCAGGGAGGAACUGAGUAUGAUUGGACGUAUGAAUGGAGACCAACCAAUAGAAACUCUCCAACAUCCAGUGAAUAUAUGAGGAUCACAGCUACUGACAGUGGAGAAUACAGCUGCAGAGGAAUCAGAGGAGGGUUUUCCUUGACAUCAUGGAGUAAUGUUAUUAAAAUAACUGUAUCGUCUCCCCCUCAGCCUGUCCUCUCUGUGUCUCCAUCAUGGCCGAAUCCUGGAGCCUCAGUGACUCUGAGCUGUGAGGGUUUGGAGCUUCAAUCAGCAGGAUGGAGGUUCUUCUGGUAUAAAGCUGUUCCAAACCCAAAGAGUUCCUACAGCUAUGAACUGCUUCCUGACAGCAUCACUGGGACUGAGCAGAACUCCAUCAUCAUUAAUGGACCGACUCAAACAGCAGGAUAUCAGUGCAGAGCAGGAAGAGGAGAACCAAAGUUUUACACUCAUUACAGUGAAGUAAAGUUUAUCUGGUCUGCAGAUCCUGGUCCAGCAGCUUCUCUCUCAGUGAAUCCUGACAGAGUUCAACACUUCAGAUCUGACUCUGUGUCUCUGAGCUGUGAGGGAAACUUUACUGAGUGGAGAGUGAUGAGGUUUACAGAAACACGACAACUGUCAUACUUUACCUGCUUCAUCUGGGGGACAAUGACUGGAUCUACAUGCACCUUUGAACUGUACUAUUAUAAUAAUGGAGUUUACUGGUGUGAGUCAAAAUCUGGAGAGUUUAGCAACGCUGUCAACAUCACUGAACAGGAUGAUUAUUAUAAUGGUAUUAUCCUGGUGAGCCCUGUUCAUCCUGUGACUGAAGGAGAUCCUGUGACUCUGAGCUGCAGAAAUAAACAACAAUUUCUCUCCAAUGUGUUUUUCUAUCAUAAUGAUAAUCUCAUCAAUAAUGAUGGCAGAGAUGAGCUGAAUAUCUCUGCAGUGUCAAAGUCAGAUGAAGGUUUCUACAAAUGUAAACAUUCAGGAAAAGAGUCACCAAGUAGCUGGAUGUCUGUUAGAGUCAGUUCUUCAUUUCCUGUGUUGCUCAUCGUUGGACCAGUUGUUGGAAUCGUUCUCAUUAUUCUCAUUAUUGUCCUGAUCUUGUUGUGGCGCUGCAGACGGUCCAGAGGUCUUUGCUGCAUCAGGCCAAAGGGCUCAGAGGUCAGAGGCCAGAGCUCCACCACAAACCAGCCUGGAGGUCAUGAAUAUGGAUCUCUUCCUCCUGAGAAUGCUUAUCUCUACGACACGAUCGGCUCGGCUGAAGCUGCCGGAAAUGCAGCAGAUGAACGCCCGGAAGUCACAUACUCCCUCCUGGAAAUGAAAUCCUGUGGGAAAGAGAAGAGACGAGGUGGACCAGAAGAGGGCGCUGUUUACUCUGAGGUGAAAACAGGAGCUGCAGGCUCGACUGAAACCUACGCUGUGAUCAACCAUCAGAAGAAAGUCAAGAAGAAAGCUAAGGUCAAAGGGAAGUCGGGUCCUGCAGCAGCAGAGGCAGCAGUUUAUUCUGAAAUCAGAUCAGCUCCAGCUCUGGAAAACAGUGCUGCCAUGUAGGCUGCAGCUCUGACGGUUUAUCCUGCAAUUUAUGACAAAGCACACAACAACAACAACAUUUUUUAUUCGUCGUAAGAAAUCUGGAGAAUCUGUAUUGGUCACUCAAAGAAUAAUUUUCUGAGAUCCAAAUCGUCUGAUGUGCUUAAACGUUAGUUUAGGUAUUGCAAUGCAGCAUUUUAUAAAGACUCGCUAAGCGUUUUUUAGCACAACGCAAAUUAUGAAUUGUUUUGUGUUUAUUUUUGUUCUAGAUGUUGCAAUUAGCUCUUAAAUUUGAUUUGGAACAGUUUGAUUUGGUUUCACAUGAAGCAACUUUGUACCUCAAUUUAACUUUUAUAUCAAAAACUUCUGGCUGUAUUUUUAUUGUCAAGCAUGUUGUAAAUCUAGUAGAUUGAUCAUUUCAAUACAACACAUAAAAUCAAUAUAAGAUGUCAGACAUAAUUGGGCACAAUCAAGAUCAAAAUGAUUUUUAGACUCUGGUAUUUAGAUUGUUUUAUUAAUGCUACUUGUAACUGAGCAACAAUUAUUAGAUAUGUAUCUUUGCUCUUCUGUUAUUAUGGUAUUCCAGUUAAAGCUUAAACCUGCACACUUGCUUCUAGAUCAAGUUUACACUUUAACUGCUGGAUGACAGGAAAGUGUUGAACUUCCCAUGCAAUCUUUAGUAUGUGUGGAAUAUGCAUCUAUAGGCUCCUGGGCACCUCAACUUUGUGAAUUAACUCUAACCAAUAAUGUUAAUUGGUUUAGCAGCAGCAGCUAAAUUUAUUCAUUUUGUUUAAAAUUAUGAAAUAUAAAUAGUUUUGGAUUAGCUAUAUAUAGCAAGCAUGUUGACUUUUGUAAGUUCUAAAUAUGUUAGUUUUUAUAUCUUCAUGGACUUUAGCGAUUUCUCUCUGUAGUGGUUUUUGUUUUUUGCUUGUUUGCUGGAAUAAAAGUAAUAUAAUUAAUGGCUUGUUCAAUUUUGUUUCUUUUCAUGUUUCUGUUGAUUUCAUUAUUAACUGCUGGUAAUGCAAUCCUCUCAAGGUGUCACAUUACUACAUGAUAUAGACAAAAUAAACCCUAAAAUUUAAACUUCUUUUUAUACCGACCUCUGAAAUACUGACCUCUGGUGGCAGGUGGUGGAAUAAACCAUCUUAAAUAUUUCUAAGACUGUAGAAGUUGUUCAAGGUUUCAUUUGCCGAUGAUGCAAUAAAAAUAUGAUAACUGACGUUUGUU